AAAGUAAAGAAGGUAAAUAUUGGAGAGAUGAAAUUGUGGACAAACAGUAAGAUAAGAUAGUGAAAGUGUAAAAUACUUGCCUUUUUUUUUUUCUUUUUUCCUUUAUAGCUUUUUGAUGAUUUUAUGUUUGUCUUAAUCUGGACAGUUAUGGGAAAGUAAAAAUAUAUUCCUGUUGAGGGAGGUUUCAAAAGUGUAGUCCCUUUUUUUUGGUUGUCUUCAAGCUUUGAAAUCUUCAGCUCCAAUGCAUGUGUAAUGUCAGUUGAAGAAUGAGGCCCAUUAUGAUUCUUUUAGUUAUAUACAAGUAGAAAAGAAAAUAUAUAUUUAUAUAAAUAAGAAAGAAAGAAAAAAAAAAGUGACCCAUCAAUGAGAGAGGGAGAGAGAAAGAGGCAAAGAAGUUUUUGUAUAACGUAGCAUAAUACGCCAGCCUUUUCCAGCCAAUACCCAUUUGUGACUUUGUCUGAUUUCUUUCAUAUUUAGUCCUUUCAACUAAAUCUUGAUUUUGAUUAGAGCUUUCAAUCUUCUUUGCCUAUGUUUUGUGUCUCCAAAACUAAUUGCUCUUUACUUUGGGGGGUUGUUUUAAUUUUUGGAAACAGAUGGUAACAACAGUUAACAAUUGCACAUAAAUUUUGGGUUUGAAACAAGAAGACAGGACAGCAGGAGCGAAUCGAAGUAUUCAGAAGCUAAAGUUGAAGCAUUUGCCUAAUGGUUUUGUGAUGUUGUCCAAAUAUAUGAAGGUAGAAGUUCCUUUUUUUUGUAUCAGUUUUUACUAUGCUGCUGCUGUGCCUGCAUUUUGAAUUUUCUAGCAGACAAGCCUGACAAAUCAUCACCAGAAAAGGUCUGUCUUAAGCUGGUAUAAUGAAGGAUUUUCCUUCUUGUUUUGGUGAAAAUGGUAUUCAAGUUGCUGAUUCUUCAUCUUCGAGUACUAGUAAAAAUGCUCAAAACUUGGUUACCUGUGUGUACCAGUGCAAAUUACGUGGUCGUUUAUGCUUGAUUACCGUAACAUGGACGAAGAAUCUGAUGGGUCAAGGCCUUAGCAUUGGGAUUGAUGAUUCAGCCAACCAAUGCCUCUGUAAGGUUGAUAUAAAGCCUUGGUUGUUCUCCAAGAGAAAAGGGUCUAAAAACUUGGAGGUGGAUUCAAGCAAAAUUGAGAUGUAUUGGGACUUGGCUAAUGCCAAAUUUGGUGCUGGCCCUGAACCAUUAGGAGGGUUUUACUUAGCUAUCAUAUUCAAUGGGGAAACGAUUCUACUUCUUGGAGACAUGAAAAGAGAGGCAUAUAGAAAGAUUGAGUCUGAACCAGGGCGCUGUAAUGCCAUUCUUAUUGCCAAGAGAGAACACUUAUUUGGGAAGAAAUUCUAUGUUGCCAAGGCUCAGUUUAUUGAUAAGGGUCAGACACAUGAUGUUGGUAUUGAGUGUGACACUGUUGGGCUCAGUGAUCCUAGUCUUGUGAUACGCAUUGAUAGUAAGCCUGUUAUGCAGGUGAAGAGGCUGAAAUGGAAGUUCAGGGGAAACUACACCAUUUUGGUUGAUGGGUUACCAGUUGAAGUCUUUUGGGAUGUUCACAAUUGGCUCUUUGGCAAUGCCAUGGGAAAUGCUGUUUUUAUGUUCCAAACUUCCCUCUCAGCUGAGAAGCUUUGGUCUACCCAUUCUGUUUACAAUCCUUCUCUGCUCUCUCGGGCUUGUUCUCAGCAAAUGAAAGAAUCUCAAUCACAAGGUCUGGGUUUCUCUCUAGUAUUGUAUGCUUGGAAGAAUGAAUAGAGUUGUAUUUUUUCAGUUUUGAGUGUUGAUGAUAUUGGAACAAUAUGCUAAUGUUGAUUUGAUUAAUAUAUGUGAUCCAUACAGUAAAUGCUAGUAAAAAAAGAAAGAAAGAAAGAAGACUUGGUUGGUUGUUC